UCUCACCACUCGUCCAGCUUCUGUCUCCACACUCCUUACUUGUCGCUCACCAUGUCCAAGGGAAAACGCUUCCUCACCGCCGCGGUGCCGCUCGCGAUCGUCUACUUCCUCAUGCUCUUCGCGGUCCUACCCGUGCCAUUUGUCGAUCGCGACACGGCCAGCCUCAUCUUGCCAGUCCUCCCUUGGUGGCUCCUCGUCUGCUUCGGGUCAUACUCGCUCAUGUCCCUCGGCCUCGGCCUGCUCCGCUUCAACGACACGCCUGAAGCGUACGAGUCCCUCCUCGCCGAGAUUACGCAGGCCAAGAACGAGCUCCGCGACCAGGGUGUCACCGUUGACUGAGCCCAACCGAUCUCGGGAUCCAUUAGACGCCGC